ACUUGAAUUCCUAACAUGCUCAUCCAACACGUCAAAGUUAUGUAGAUCAAAAUGUGCUUUGCCUGGCUCGCGAGUCGCGAGUCUUUCUAUUCCUCACACUUUUCCGCCCAACAAAUCUCAAGCUACUGAAGGAUUUUGCUCAUCUCGUUUUCGGGCAAGGAUUUGGGUCAUGCACUUGCAUGCAAAAGCCAGUCGUGCUUGUCGGUCAAUUGCGGGCCGCAAACCAUGCCAAGCUAAUCCAUGCGCACCAAUAGUAUGCAUAUGUGCAUGUAACCCCUGAAUUCUCAACAAACAAGACUGCUCCCGCCCAAGCUUGGAAAUUAGUCUUGGCAAGCACAUGUUGUGCAGCUAAGUCCCAGUACUUAAGGGCCUGCUCGCCCAUCGCAGAAACACACUGACUCAUCAUGUUUUGGCACCAGAGUCUCGUUCUUCUCACUUUGGCAGCAGUCAAGACAUCUGCAGUGGGCAAGCGUGGUCAUCGACACGCGCACCAUUCUCCUGCCGCCACUCACGCUUCCGCAGGUAUUUGGGCUCUGCCUGCAGGAGCAACAGACCAUGAUGCCCUUUACUGUGGUGGGUAUGGAAUGGAAGAGACUAUCGAGCGCAAGCAAAUUCUGGAAGCAACGUCUGUGGGCUGGGAAGUUUUUAAUGCGGACGGAAAGGGGCCAGCGACGCCGGACGUGGCACUGCAAGGGGUGUGCAUCAAUGAAAAGGGAGGGCAAUGGGCAGUGCUGGAGUUGAACAUUACCCUGCAUGGUGCACGUGACUUCCGCGGCAUCUUGACUAACUACGGUUGGAAAGGGGACAAUGGCAAAACCUACAAACUCUGCCACCACUCGUUCCAGCCAUGGUCGCUCGAAGAAAACGGUUUCCAUGUCGAAAUCCUUAAGUGCAUGAAUCGCAAGCCUGAGAACUGGCCCGCCUUUGUCAGAGACGUCUGGCCGCAACGAAAUGGCGACUUCAAGUUCAGGUCGAUCGAUUGCCCAAGGAACGACCUCUCAGGGAAAAGAAUCGCCUUUUCUCCCAAACAAGUCCAAGACUUUUGGAUUGACGGAUUCAAUCAGGAACCUGUCUGGACAAUGGUCGAUAAGACAACUACAAAAGAUAUGCUAGAAUACCAAGGACUCUGCAAGGGCAAGAUCGGAACUGGCUAUGUGCUUAAGACCAUCCAACGUAUCCCGGAUGAUUCGAAAGCAAAACCGUACAGUGUUUGGUUUUAUGCUCUGCAUGAAAUGAACAGUCAACCAAGAAACUUUCCGGGGAUCCUCUGCACGGCUUUCGCCUUUCCCAUUGGGCAAUUGCCCACGAAGCCUGAAUCGUGCAAGGUUAUAUCCUAAUUAAGUCACCUUGAAGAACCCAAGCAUUCUUCGAGGGUCUUGCAAUUGCUGGCACAAGAGCAAGGCGCAUUCUUACUUUCAAGCUUGACAACAUCCAAGUCAUCAAAUCAUAUUACAUUACAACCUUUCGCCCCAAGUUCUCGUCACUUCACGAUCUUCAUAGACCUAACAUUCGAUAUUUCC